CACAUUUCCGGCCAUUCACGCACAAUCUAGGUGUAACUAGCAGAUAGUCGUCUUUUUAGCUGGUUCAGUAGAGCUGCUCGUGACGCAGACUGAAAGGCUGUUUUGUGUAAAUACGAGUGAAAAGGAAAUAUAGCUCAAGGUUAAUCCUGAUUCCAAGCUUUCCAGUUUGACGUUUCGAAAUCCUCGAGUUCGGUAACCAGUCCAACCCUGUGACCAGGCUAUCUAUUUAACUCAGUUUAUUUUCCCUCUGGCCGUUGAAUUUAAACAAAUUUCCUCUUGCAUCAUUGAAUUGAAGAAGUUGGAGUGGAAAUAACCGAGCAAACAAUGUGUGAGACGAGGAGCUGCAGUCUGUUCAUCCUUCUGCUGUGUGUCAUCAAGGUUGCAGAAAUCCGAGCUCAAUGUGGCAAACACUCUGUUGGCGAAAACAUGAAUUACAACCCUGCUCAAAUGAAUGAAUACCCUGACGGAUCCACUGUAACAUUCAGUUGUUUAACUGGAUAUGUGCCUGUUGAUUCAGGAGCUUCCAGGUCAAUCACCUGCAGAGGAAAUCAGUGGACUACACUAGACCUUAAGUGCAAAAAAAGGUCCUGUGGAAAUCCGGGUGAGGUGACAAAUGGAAGAUAUUUAACUCCAGAUGGAAUUGAAUUUGGUGCAAUAAUCACUGUUGAGUGUAAUGAGGGACAUAUGUCCGUUGGAAUCAAAACUAGAAGGUGUCUGGUUGAUGGUUGGGAUGGGAGAGCUGCAGUUUGUGAACAGACGAAAUGUUUACCACCUUCUAAAAUAGAGAAUGGAGCAUAUGAUGAAGAGGACAAAUCUUAUGGUUAUAAUGAAGUAGUCACAUACUCUUGUAGUGAAGGUUACACUCUUAUUGGAGAAUCAUCAAUAACCUGUUCUUCUAAUGGAACAUUUCAGCCUCCUCCUCCUCAGUGUUUAUGGAUAACAUGUGAAAAACCUGACGUUAAAAAUGCAAUUAGAGUUGGAGGAAAAGGAUCAUCCUACGGCUAUAAAGAUUUUGUCGAAUACAAGUGUAUUGAAGGUUACGAUAUAAAAGGAGACGGUUACCUCGUCUGCGAUGUAAAUGGAUGGAAUCCACCUCCUCCUCAGUGCCGCAGUCCACCCCCACCUAACCCCCCAACCAAACCCCCAACUAAACCCUCAACUCCACCCCCAGGUCCAACUCCACGUCCAGGUCCAGGUCCAGCUCCAUCCCCAGGUCCAACUUCACCCCCAGGUCCGGGUCCAGUAAUUGGAAUUGGAAUUGGAAUUGGGGUUACGGCUGCCAUUCUGGUAUUGAUUGGAGGAAUAGUGUAUUUCAUGAAGAGGGGCACUGCCUGGGGAAAAGUACCCACUAGAAAUGAAGGGGGAGCAUAACACCAUCACUGUCCUGAACAUAGUCAUAGUGAACACUAUCUGACUGAUUCGAAACCUCUGGCUUUCCUGCUUCCUGUUGGACUGUAUAGAUUCCUAUUAUGCUGAUGGACACCUAGGAAUGAUCAGAGCUCCGGUUUAGUUAUUUAUUCUUAGAGUUUUUGCCCACCGGAUUGUGUAAAUGUGUUCUUUAAAUUAAGAUUGCUUUAUGCCUUGAAGCAGGGGUUUCUAACCAUUUUAACAAUAUGGACUGGACUGCAAGUCAUAACAAAUUGAUUUUUGUUUGUAUAUUUGUUGUGGUGAUGGGAGAACCAAUCAUCACUAAUGUUUAGUAGGCUGUAAUGAUAUGAUAUGAUUUUGUGAUCUUUGGUAGAGAUAAUGAUAAUGAGAGAGGACCAAAUUAAUAUAAUUAGUGCUGAUUUUUUGUGGUCACAAAUGUGAAUGUAAAGAGCAAAAGCAGUGGCAUGUUGAAUGUUCUGAAAGGUUAUUUCUAGUUUUUUCUUCAUUAAGGUUAGUCCUCGCCAAUGGAAAGUGUAAUGCUCUCACAGUGCCAUUGUUGUGGCCAAAUGGUUGGGAAUCUCUGCUUUAUGAGGUUAUGUGACUAAUAAUUUGAGCUAAAAAUUAAUAGUUAUUAAAAAGUAGUGUGAGUGCUUAAGUGGUAUUGCUUAUGCUCUUAAAUAUUUCCUGUUCUACAGCAUAGCUCAAACAAAAGUAUUUAAAUGGAUUUGGCCUAAUAUCUGGUCCAUAUAACAUACAAUUUCAAUUAGGGCCAUUUUUAAGUGGCCUUAUCCCUGUCUUUUGUAUAAUAUUUACUUUUCAGCAGCUAAUCAUCAAAACUAAAGGUUUUACUUGAGACACAAGAAACAAGAUUCAGAUCAAUUAACCAGAACGUCUUAAUGUACUUUGCAUUUAAAAAAAUUUCAUCUUCUGUCAUGUUCACAAAAUGCACUCAGUAACACAGAACACUGUUAAUUUGGAACAUGUGCUGCUAACUUGUGCCUGCUGCAUCUAAAUUAAACAUAUAAUGAGUGAAUGUGCCACAGCGUGCCACAGGUCGGGUCAAAGGAGCAGUAUUGAACAUGACAAUGCACUGUUUUAUUAGUUAACAUGACUUGUAGCUGUAGUGCUAUACAGAAACAAUUAGAAAUGAUUCUCAUAGGCAGACUAGUUUUGCUAUUUAAAAUUGAAACAAAACACAACUUGCUAUUUAGCAAGUGAACUCCCUGACUAUAAUUUAAUAGUCUUUCAAUUUUUUAUAAUAUUUAUAAGUCUAAAGAUUGUGUUUUAAAAUUUGACUGUUACAAGGAACACGUUAAAAAAAAAAAAAAAAAAGGGUACAUUUUUGGCUUCUUGUUAUGUGAACAUUGUCCACACCUGUUUAAAAAAAGGAAAAAUUUCCAACUCUCCGACUCUAGAUUAUUAUUUUUUAGUGUCGAUUGUUUCUGUAAUUUAAUUAUUGCUUAUAUCAACUGAAGGUCUGAAAUGCAAAACACCCAUGUUCUUGCUUUUUAUUAUUGCUGUAAGGAAAACAUACUGCUUUGAAAAGCAAAGCAUUGAUUGCAUUGCCGUUACAUCAUUUGAUUGCUCUCUUUAAAAUAUAAUCAGCAGCUUAACUGCUUUUGAGAGAGAAAUUUAUACUAUUUGUGAACAAAAACAAAAGUGAAUAAUUGAUUAAAUGGUUAAUCUAUGCCAUUUUUUUGCAUUUGAUUGUUUCGGUGUGAAAUGUGAAGUAAAAUACUCAGACUUUGGCCGUCAGAAAAUUAUGCCCAUUAACAUAGUAGUGAAAAAGUGAAACGCUGGGGAUUGCAUUCACAUGUUGCAAGCAACAUGUCCAAUAAAGCUUCAUUAUUAGUGUCAACACAGUAUCAUGUACCAGGUUUAUUAUAAUAGUAAGCGUUAUACCUUCUGCUUUGGAAGACUGCUUAAACCCUUAGUUGAUCUGUUAAACUAUGCUGUACUAAAUUUCAAAAAAGUGAUCAUUCUGUGUUCUGGCCUACAUAAAAUGAGGCCGUUUAAAUUUUCAAACAAAUGAAACUGUUCCUUUUGAGACGUGUGACUUUCUUUGUUCAAAUGAAUCUUGAAGUGUUGUGAACAUUUAUAUUUACGCAAUUUUGCAUUAAAAUUUAUUGCUGCAAGCAUGCCGUCUUCACCCAAUAAAA